CGAGACUCAGUUUUUAAGAGGAGGACUAGAAAGAAUAGGCUGGAACCACAUCAAGAGAUGCAGGAGCGUCGCUUGAUUUUCUCCAAGACAAGCCCACCCGUCCAGCAAAAUAGAGUCCCUCAGGGUGACGGUUGACUUCCUGAAGGUGCCUCUUGGCCUGAAGAAGCCGGUGCUGAAGGAGGUGGCUGUGGGGCCCCCCAAGAGGCCCCAGCCUGCGGCCCUGGAGCGCUACAAGGCACGGCGUUCAGACGCCAUGGACACCGAGUCCCAGUACUCGGGCUAUUCCUACAAGUCGGGCCACUCCCGCAGCUCCCGCAAGCACAGGGACCGCCGGGACCGACACCGCUCUAAGAGCCGAGAUGGGAGCCGAGGGGACAAGUCGGUGACGAUCCAGGCCCCAGGGGAGCCCCUGCUGGACAACGAGUCCACAAGAGGGGACGAGCGGGAUGACAACUGGGGCGAAACGACGACGGUAGUGACUGGCACCUCGGAGCACAGCAUCUCCCACGAUGACCUCACGCGCAUCGCCAAGGACAUGGAGGACAGUGUCCCGCUGGACUGCUCACGGCACCUGGGUGUGGCGGCGGGGCCCACCCUGGCGCUGCUCUCGUUCCUCACGCCGCUGGCUUUCCUGCUGCUGCCCCCGUUGCUGUGGCGGGAGGAGCUGGAGCCCUGCGGGACCGCCUGCGAGGGCCUCUUCAUCUCCGUGGCCUUCAAGCUGCUUAUCCUGAUGCUGGGCAGCUGGGCCCUGUUCUUCCGCCGGCCCAAGGCCUCGCUGCCUCGCGUCUUCGUGCUGCGCGCCCUGCUCAUGGUGCUCGUCUUCCUGCUUGUGGUCUCCUACUGGCUCUUCUACGGCGUGCGCAUCCUGGACGCCCGCGAGCGCAGCUACCAGGGCGUGGUGCAGUUCGCCGUGUCGCUGGUGGACGCGCUGCUCUUCGUGCACUACCUGGCGGUAGUCCUGCUGGAGCUGCGCCAGCUGCAGCCGCAGUUCACGCUCAAGGUCGUGCGCUCCACGGAUGGCGCCAGCCGCUUCUACAACGUGGGCCACCUCAGCAUCCAGCGUGUGGCAGUGUGGAUCCUGGAGAAGUAUUACCAUGACUUCCCUGUCUACAACCCUGCCCUCCUCAACCUGCCCAAGUCCGUCCUGGCCAAGAAAGUGUCUGGCUUCAAGGUGUAUUCCCUCGGAGAGGAAAACAGCACCAACAACUCCACGGGCCAGUCUCGGGCUGUGAUUGCCGCGGCGGCCCGGAGGCGGGACAACAGCCACAAUGAGUACUACUAUGAGGAGGCCGAGCACGAGCGGAGGGUGCGCAAACGGAGGGCCAGGCUUGUGGUGGCAGUGGAGGAGGCCUUCACUCACAUUAAGCGACUGCAGGAAGAGGAGCAGAAGAACCCCAGGGAGGUAAUGGACCCACGGGAGGCAGCCCAGGCCAUCUUCGCAUCCAUGGCCCGAGCCAUGCAGAAGUACCUCCGGACCACCAAGCAGCAGCCUUACCACACCAUGGAGAGCAUCCUGCAGCACCUGGAGUUCUGCAUCACGCACGACAUGACGCCCAAGGCCUUCUUGGAACGAUACCUGGCAGCUGGACCCACCAUCCAGUACCACAAGGAACGCUGGCUGGCCAAACAGUGGACCCUGGUGAGCGAGGAACCAGUGACCAAUGGGCUCAAGGAUGGCAUCGUUUUCCUCUUAAAACGCCAGGACUUCAGCCUGGUGGUCAGCACCAAGAAGGUCCCAUUCUUCAAACUCUCUGAGGAAUUUGUGGAUCCUAAGUCGCACAAGUUUGUCAUGAGGCUGCAGUCCGAGACCUCUGUGUGACUGCAACAGACGGCAGGGGGCGGGAGGGAGCCUGGGGCUCCGAGGGGCUGGGGGAGGCUGGGUUCUCAGCCCGGGCACAUCCCUGCUGCCUUUCUCCCUCUUGCUCUUGUUUUUUUUAUUUUUAUUUUUAUUUUUUUUUUUACUUGAAUUGACUCACCCCCACCUCCUUAUUUUACCCCAUGUGAACCCAGAGAGACCAUCCUGCUGUCAGCCAUCCUUGGGACACCCCUCUUCUCUCUCUGCCCUACUUUUGUAUCAUUCCAGGCCCUGCGGGAAUCAGUGCCUCUCCCCCUCCUCCUCCUCCUAUCUUUCCCAGGAUGACAGUCUCUUCUGAAAGGGCUCAGGGCCCUCCUGACUGUCCCUGCCUCUCCUGAGCCCCGGCUCACCAACUCCUGACGAGUUUCCCGCGACUCCAGAGAUCCACAGUGCCAAACUCCAGUGCAGGAGCUCCCCCGCCUGUUCCCAUUUCGCCUUCCCCCAGCAAACUCUGAGCUCUUGGCUGGGGUACACCUGCCAUGUGGCCCCAGAGUUAGGAAUCUCCUGCCAGGGUUAUUUGUUGUAGCUCCUAGAGCCUCCCUGCCCCAUCCACUCAUAUUUAGAGUGAGGAAAGAUCACAUCUUCUACCCAGAAAUCCCCACCUUCCCCUUCUAAUCUGUGUGGUCAUGUGUGACCACAGGGAAGCUGAGGUGGAAACCCUCUGUGACCAUUUUUCCUGGUUCUUUGUGUCCCACAGGGGGCGCCAUGGCUGGGCCUUUCUAGUGCUGGUUUCUGUGACCACGUGGCAUCCUGGCCCCUCCCCACCACACCUCCUAGACCUUGCUUUUUAUCAUUUGGGACACUUGCCGGCCUUCCCUCCAUGCCUCUGAGGGGUGGGCAGGAUAGAUCCCGGCGGUCUUAGAGAGACCCUGGUCCCUGACCCCUGCCCUCCAAACCUGCCUCACCUUCGUUCCAGUCCUUUCCAGUGAAGGAAGACAUAUAGACUCCUGUCCAAACUGGCCUGCAGACCCUGACCGACCCCUGUGGCCUGGGGCAGCUGUUCU